CCCUCCCUGUCCGGGGCCGGUACUUUCCUCCCAAGUUGCAGCGCAAGUUUGCCAGUGGCCGGCGGCGGCGGGGGCGCCGGGAGCCUCCCUCGCCCUCGGCCGGCCGGGGCUCCCCGGAGUGCAUGGGCGCAGGUCGGGCGGCCCUGGGGGCCUGAGCGGCCGCGCCGCCUCCGCGCCCCGCGCCAUGGAGGGCGCAGAGCCCCGCGCGCGGCCAGAGCGCUUGGCAGAGGCCGAGGCGCGGGCGGCCGAUGGCGGGCGCCUAGUGGAGGUGCAACUGAGCGGCGGCGCCCCUUGGGGCUUCACCCUGAAGGGCGGCCGCGAGCACGGCGAGCCGCUGGUUAUCACGAAGAUCGAAGAAGGAAGCAAAGCCGCGGCAGUGGACAAGUUGCUGGCCGGAGAUGAGAUCAUUGGCAUCAAUGACAUCGGUCUGUCGGGGUUUAGACAGGAAGCGAUUUGCCUGGUGAAGGGCUCGCAUAAGACCCUGAAGCUGGUGGUAAAAAGGAGGAAUGAGCUGAGCUGGAGGCCGCACUCCUGGCAUGUCACCAAGUUCUCCGACAGCCACCCCGAGACAUCGGCAUCUCCAUUCCCCUCUACGAGCUCCUGCCCCUCGUGGCCAGGCCAGCACCACGCCAGCUCCUCCUCCCAGGACCUGUCGAGCGGCGUGUGGGAGCAGACAAAUCUGCAGCGCACCUCUGAGCACUUCAGCUCCCUGGGGAGCGUGGACAGCCUGGGCCAGCCUGCCCGGUCCUCCCCCUCCGGGCGCCUCUCGGCCGCCAGGUCCAACAGCAGCAUCGACCACCUGGGCGGCCCGAACACGCGCGACUCCGCUUACGGCUCCUUCUCCACCAGCUCCAGCACGCCCGACCACACCCUGCCCAAGGCGGAUGCGUCCUCUGCCGAGAACAUUCUCUACAAAGUGGGCCUUUGGGAGGCCUCGGCCGGAGGCAGCGACCGGCAGGGCCUGGCUGCCGGCGACCCUCAGUGUGUGGACGAGAGGCUCGGGUGUGUCCCCCCCAGGGUCCCCUGUGACAGCAGCAGGAGCCCCAGGCCCGAGGACAGUCCUGAGCCCAAGCUAGCUGCUUCCGGGAGGUCCAGUUUUGGGCCAGUCUGGUAUGUUCCCGAUAAGAAAAAGGCCUCUUCGUCCCCUCCUCCUCCCCCUCCUCCUCUCCGCAGCGACAGCUUUGCUGCCACCAAGAGCCACGAGAAGACCCAGGGCCCUCCGUUCUCCGAGGCGGCCACCACGCAGUGCCCUCCGGGCCUGACCCGCGCUCAGUCCCACAGCGACUGGAGACCGGAAGUGGCCGAUCAGCCGCAGAGACCAGCGCGCCUGGGCGACGGGAGGAGGGCGGGGAGCUCGGGCUGUGCGCCGGCUGUGCCGCUGGACUGCGGGGGGCCGCCCUGCGACGGCGGGGCCAGGGCCCUCCAGGGGGCCCCCGGCCGGCUCCAGGCCUCCCUGUCCAGCACGGACGUGCGCUGCCCGCAGCCUCCGCCCGCGUGCCAGCACCCGCGCCAUUCCAGCGACGAGAGCCCCUUCUUUCUCGAGGGGCCCGGUGCCGCCACGUGGCUCAGGGAGCAGCCGCCUGCCGAGCGCUUGCCGGGUGACAGCCCCGCUCCGGCGGGGCGGCCCAGCGCUGGCGACCGCAAGGGGGACUGCGGCGCCCAGAGCCGCUACUACUGCGUGACCUCCAGGCGCGGCCCGCAGGGGGGCGCCCCGGCCGCGCAGCCCCGCUGCCACCCGCCCCGGCUCGAGGGGCCCCCGGGCGCCCGGCCAAGGGGCAGGGUGGCGCCGGCGGACAGGGAGGCCGGGGGCCACUGCGAGGGCGCCGAGGAACCGCCCGGGGCCGGCCUCGUGGAAACAGCUGGUGUGAAGAGGGGCGCGGGCGGCUUCGCGUGGGCCCACGGGGGCGGCGAGAUCUGCCCCCUGCAGACGCCCAUGCUGCACUCGCUGACCCAGGAAGGGGCGCGCCGGCCCGAGGCCGGCCACGAGGGCGCCCCGGAGAGGCCGCCGCCCGAGGCCCCGGCGGGCAAACCCUUGCGGAGGAGCGACCGCUUCGCCACCACCCUGAGGAACGAGAUCCAGCUGCGGCGAGCCAGGCUGCAGAAGAGCCGGAGCACGGCAACCCUGGCCGGCGCCGCGGAGGAGGAGGAGGAGGAGGCCGAGGCAGAGGCGCGCGGCUGGGGGGUGCAGCCGGCAGGGGGCGCCCCGGAAGCCGCCUUCUCCAGCACCUACAAGGACCACCUGAAGGAGGCGCAGGCCCGCGUCCUGAGGGCCACGUCGUUUAGGCGCCGCGACCUGGAGCCCAGUCCGUCGGACCCCGACACCCUCCCUCGCGUCUGGGAGGCGGCCCCGGCCAGGCUGCCCUCGAGCGCCGGCGGCGCGCUGCACGCCCCGCGCAUCGCAGGCCGGAGGCGCUUCACGGCCGAGCAGAAACUGAAGUCCUACUCCGAGCCCGAGAAGAUGAACGCGGUGGGGCUCGCGGGGGAUGACCGCCCGCGCCAGCGCCCCGCACCUCCCGACGAGGCCGCGCGCACCUUUGCCGACAGGUGGAAGUUUUUUGAGGAAACCAGCAAGCCCGUAGGCCAGCGGCCAGGGCUGAGGCCGGCACCCUGUGGGUUCCCCAAGGAGAAGCCAGAGAGGCCUUGGACAGCGGGCCCCGGAAAGGAGGGAAAGGUGGGGAGAUCAGACCCGCCUCAGAGGCUGGGAACCUUUGCAGAGUAUCAAGCCUCGUGGAGGGAACAGAGGAAAGCCCCGGAAGCCAGGAGUUCUGGGAGGUACCACUCGGCAGAUGACAUCCUGGAUGUGGGUCUGGACCAACACGAGAGGCCGCGGUACAUCCACGGAAGGUCCCGGUCGUCGCCCUCGACCGACCUCUACAAGCAGGAAGCGUCUGUGGAAGCGCGACGGCAAACAGAGGACCCCGGUGAGCGCAGAGAACUCUCUUCCUCAGUCCAGGCCGAGGAGGGAUGCCCCACCCCAAGACAGGCAGAUGCCCAGUGUGCAGAAGACAGUCCAGGAGCGCCGCGGGACCCCCAGCAGCCAUCCCAGGUCUCUGAACCACCUGGCGCCCGGGAAGCUCCCGAGGUGCCCGCGGAGGGCCGUGGCCGGGCGGGGACCCUUCCUUGCGAUUACAGAUACCCGGAGGAGUGCGCGCCCGCGGACCGGCCUGCCGCCCCGCACGCCCGGGGGCAGGACCCCUGGCCCCUGAGCGCCGCCCCGCUCUCCCGGAGGCCUGCCCCGCAGAGGCCGCCGCCGCCCAGGCGUGAGCCCAGGCCCUUGGGGGCCGCACCUGCGGCUGCUCACCUGGGCGCACCCGGCAGGCCCCGCCCCCUGGCCCCGGAGGUGUGCUCGGACCGCCCGGCCCUCGCCCGCAGCAGCCCCGGCGCGUCGGUGGAGAAGCUGAGCGCCGCCUGGCCCGCGGCAGAUGGCCCACGGGCCGCGGGGGAGCCGGCCGGGCAGCAUGUAGACGAGCACGCAGCCUGGCCCCGGCGGGAGGCGCCGCUCCCUUGCAAGUUCCGGCCCCUGCAGACCUCCGCCAUGGAGACCUCGCGCUCCCCGUCGCCUCAGUUCGCGCCCCAGAAGCUGACGGACAAACCCCCGCUGCUCAUCCAGGAUGAUAAUUCCACCAGAAUCGAGCGGGUGAUAGACAACAACACCACGGUGAAGAUGGUGCCCAUCAAGAUCGUGCACUCGGAGAGCCACCCGGAGAAGGAGAGCCGCCAGGGCCUGGCCCGCGUCCCGGAGGCACCCGUGCUGCCCAGCGGGCUCGAGCGGGACCAGAUCAAGACGCUUAGCAGGUCCGAGCAGUCCUACUCCCGCUUCUGCCUGUACAGCCGCCAGGGCGCCGAGCCCCAGCCCCCUGGCGCCCCAGGGCCCACGGCCAAGGACAGCCGGGCCUCCCCGCCCACGCUCAGUUACGUGAAGGCCAAAGAGAGGACUGCCGAAGACCUCAAGUCGGAGGAGCUGGCCCGCGAGAUCGCGGGCAAGGAUAAGUCCCUGGCGGAUAUCCUGGACCCCAGUGUGAAGAUCAGAACCACCAUGGACCUUAUGGAGGGCAUCUUCCCCAAAGACGAGCACCUCUUGGAAGAAGCUCAGCAGCGGAGGAAGCUGCUCCCCAAAAUCCCCUCUCCCAGAACCAUGGAGGAGAAGAAGGAGGAGCCGAGUGUGCCGGCGGCCGUGUCCCUGGCCACCACCUCCACCUACUACAGCACGUCGGCCCCCAAGGCGGAGCUGCUGAUUAAGAUGAAGGACCUGCGGGGGCAGCAGGAGCCCGAAGAGGAUGCAGGGAGUGACCCGGACCACGACCUGUCGGUGAAGAAGCAGGAGCUCAUCGAGAGCAUCGGUCGCAAGCUGCAGGUGCUGCGGCAGGCGCGGCAGAGCCUGCGGGAGGACAUGCAGGCCAACAGCGCGCUGGGGGACGAGGUGGAGGCCCUGGCCAAGGCCGUCUGCAAGCCCAACGAGUUCGACAAGUUCCGCAUGUUCAUCGGGGACCUGGACAAGGUGGUGAACCUCCUGCUGUCGCUGUCCGGCCGCCUGGCCCGCGUGGAAAACGCCCUCAACAAUCUGGACGACGGCACUCCUCCCGGCGAUCGGCAAUCCCUGCUCGAGAAGCAGCGGGUCCUGAUCCAGCAGCACGAGGACGCCAAGGAGUUGAAGGAGAACCUGGACCGCCGGGAGGGCAUCGUGUCCGACAUCCUGGCCAGCUACCUCAGCCGGGACAGCCUGGCAGACUACGCGCACUUCGUGAGGAUGAAGUCAGCCCUCAUCAUCGAGCAGCGCGAGCUGGAGGACAAGAUCCACCUGGGCGAGGAGCAGCUCAAGUGCUUGCUGGACAGCCUUCCGCCCGAGAGAGGCAAGUGAGAGGCGUGCCCCCCCGACGCCUCCCCGGCGGGGGACAGCAGCCGGCCCUUCAGCUCCGGUCCCGAGGAGGCAAAUGAAAACCCCAGCCUGUAUUUACGUCCUGGAGAGAGAAUCCCUCCCAGAACCGAAUGGCCGUUAGAAAAGCAAUAAUCUCCGUGGGUGCGUUUGGGAUGACUUAUUUAAUGUCUUAGUUUCCCUCUUAAAUGCUGAGCAGAGUGGCUUCCCGUCAGCCCUUGCCUGGAAGCAACCCCACACGGCGCCCGGUUCCGGUGAACGGUGAGUUCCCGAGUACAGACUGGGCUCUGGUCCCGAGGGGCGCGCACGUGGUCCUUGCCAGCUCAGGUCUGCCCUUCCGUCUUCCCACGCUGCACCCCUUCCUCCGCUCAGGAGGGAAUGAGCGCGCGUGUCGGGCAAAGCCUGGCGCACGACCUCUCCGGUGGGUCACUGGAGGUGGCGGCUGCCGGCUUCCCCUGUUGGUCCAGAAGUGUUGAGCAUUCAUCGUGUCUGUCUUAUAAGGAUGAUCUCCAACCCAGCAAAAGUCAUGAUGAUGAUACUUUAAUAACACUCUACAAAGGUGAAUGGUUUUCCACGUGGCUAAAAACCAACUGUGAAAAGAAGAGCUUACAUGUUGGGUUCACUCAUUCUGAAAUUGCCACUUAAAUAGCGUCCGCACUUUAAAACAUACACAAAGCGGACAGAUGGUUUUAGGACUUCUCGGCUGACAUCACGGUUCAAAUGAUAUUUUCCUGCAAAGAGAAAUUACUUGGCUAAAACCGUGUCCGGUAGUAACGUGCUUGCUAGGCGUGUGUAUGAUCCUUAAUUAUAAUUGGCAACUUCUCUCUUUUUGCCUCUCUCAAUUUGUUACCAUGCCGUAAGGGCCACAUGCCGUUUAAGAACCGUUGCUCUGGUUUCUCAGAGGUCCCGGUGGACCACAGAACUCCUAGACCCGAUCUUUUUCUGCCACAGAGUAUACAGCUCCUGUACCCUUUUUUAUUGGUUGAAAUUGUGAGAUGGUAAAGAGUCUAUUCACUAAAGAAAACACUGUCAAGCUGUCAUUUUCCAGUGGACAGAUCACAGGCUAGGAGAAAAUACUUGCAAAUCAUCUAUGUGACAAACCAUCUGUAUCCAGAAUGUAUAAAAACUCUCAAACUUAACAGUAAGAAAACAAACAGUCCAACUAAAACGGGGGCAAAAGUCUUAAAUGAAUAGACACUUCACUGAAGAGGAUAUAUGCAUGGCAAGUAAGCACAUGAGUCGAUGUUCAGCCACCAAUGGCAUGGUUCUCACAUACUUAUUUUUAAUCUGAUCACUGUGGAGUGGUGUGUUUCGUCACAAUGCUCAUCUGAUGAAAUGUGUGGUUAAUGGCGGGAGAAGCCCUAGGAUAACUUCACGUUGAGGUGAUAUGCGGACUUUGGUUUGAUCUGUGAGAUCAUUUUACUCCUCAUUUCCUCUUACUGCUAUAGAAGAAGUUUUCCAGCGGGGGGGGGUGGGGGCGGGGAGAUGUCCCUUUGUCAGAAGUGGCCGCCACCUUACCAAACACAGACGCACACAAAUGUCUUAAAGGACGCUAACGGGUCCACGCUCCGCCAGCCAGAGGGGAGACUGGACUUCCGGGCUGCUGCAGUGAUCUCCGCGCACCCGUAGAGGGCGCCGACCUGGCAGGCGUCAGUGAUGCUGGCAAUAUACACUCCUUUGGCAGCCCACCCACGCCAAAGGAGAAAUGCCUUUUCAACGGUUUUUACUCUUAUUCAAUUAAGCUAUUCCUGACUUGAAAACUCCCUCUUCUGCCAACGAAGUGUCCUUGCCAUGUGGUGUGGGUCACUUGCUGUGAAAACGGGUCACGUCAGGAAAGGUAGAGCUGGCUGUCCACGGACCACCCCCCGCCCGCCGCCCCUGCUUCCUCCCUCGGGGAGACAACCACGGUGAUUUCAGUGUGUUCUUAACUUUCACAAAGCUUUUACCUGUGAUUCUUUCCCUUCAAAUACAGUAUUGUGAUCAUUUUGAUGAUAUGUCUGUAAAAUGUGAAAAUAGAAUUUGUGUCUGUAUCCAGCUUUUUGGUGUCUUUUGAGAACUUUCUCUUCUACAUAGCAAUAUAUAGUGCUCUACUGUCCUUUUAACGAAGCACAUAGAAUCACAACAUUCCCGUUUGCCUCUUAAAUGUCUGGUUAGUGGGGACCCAAAGAUUGCAGUAAGUCAAUGUACAUAACUUUGUAUAUAGUUAUGUUAUUGCAUAUAAAACCAAUCCGGUGCUAAUGUUUUGCCCUUGGCGUUCUUCGGUGGUGGCUGAUAGCUCACCCUCGGUCAUAACUCAGCUGUGGAAUGCUCUGUAUAGCGACAUUUCAGUCAGGGGCGUUGCCUGUGGCUUCUCUCCUGCGGUCCACUCUGGAAAAUGCGUACAGAUUUCACGCUCAAUACUUUCACUUAUGUCUCAACAGAUCAUUCUGCUUGACAUUCACAAAAUAAAUGGUGUCUUUCAGUGAA